AUGAGAGAAAAAAAUGUUGGCCAUUGGAAAAUCAUCCAUGAUGAGCCCUAUACUAUCUCUGUGUUGCAUGGUUUUUUAGGAAAGGAAAACAGACACGUAGAUUGUGCUCUUUCGGCUCGUGCCGAUGCAGAUGGUUCACAUCCCAAUUCCUGUAACCUCUCUGGGAAAACAUUCAUGCAUUCAUUAAUAGUGGACAUACCCGACAUCGGUGGCACACAAUUCGUGAGUUGUGCUUCCUUGGUGGCUCCUUACCGCGCGUCAACAAAACCUCAUGGAUCAUUCCUGUAUUGUAUAUAA